AUGAAGAGUUUUUUCUCAAAAGUGUCGAUUCUGGCCAUUCUCCUCUUAACCAUUUUCUUGGUUAGUGAAGCUCAGCAAUGUCGUCCUAGUGGCAGAAUUAGAGGAAAAAAACCUCCUCCUGGACAAUGUAACCAGGAGGAUGACUCUGACUGCUGCAAAGCCGGAAAAAUGUAUCCAAAGUACACUUGCUCACCACCAAUUUCUGGCAACACCAAGGCCUACCUCACUCUAAACAGCUUUGAGAAAGGUGGUGACGGGGGUGGUCCUUCUGAAUGUGACGGCAAGUACCACAACGACAAUACUCCAGUUGUGGCAUUAUCCACAGGAUGGUACAAUGGUGGAUCAAGAUGUCUUAACAACAUCAGAAUUAACGGUAAUGGGCGCAGUGUGGUGGCCAUGGUAGUGGAUGAGUGUGACUCUACAGAAGGUUGUGAUGCAGACCAUGAUUACCAGCCUCCUUGCCCUAACAACAUUGUGGAUGCCUCCAAGGCUGUCUGGAAAGCCUUGGGGGUGUCUGAAGACAAUUGGGGUGGCUUAGAUAUCACCUGGUCGGACCAAUGCCGUCCAAGCGGCAGAAUUAGAGGAAAGAAACCUCCUCCUGGACAAUGUAACCAGGAGGAUGACUCUGACUGCUGUAAAGCCGGAAAAAUGUACCCAACAUACACGUGCUCCCCACCUACGUCCGGAAACACCCAAGCCUACCUCACUCUCAACAGCUUUGAGGCAGGAGGUGAUGGCGGAGGCCCAUCUGAAUGUGAUGGCCAGUACCACAAUGACAACAAUCCAGUUGUGGCAUUAUCCACCGGAUGGUACAACGGUGGAUCAAGGUGCCUUAAGAACAUCAGAAUUAACGGUAACGGGCAGAGUGUGGUGGCCAUGGUGGUGGAUGAGUGUGACUCUACAGAAGGUUGUGAUGCAGACCAUGAUUACCAACCUCCUUGUCCUAACAACAUUGUGGAUGCCUCCAAGGCUGUGUGGGAAGCCUUGGGUGUGUCGAAAGACAAUUGGGGUGGCUUAGAUAUCACAUGGUCUGACGCUUAA